AUUUCAGUCCAAGAAUCAGUUCCAUGCCGGUCUGAGUAACGUCGCGUCAAUUUAAUAUACAAACGUGAACUUUCGGCAAUUAGGAUGUCCUGAUGGAUUUUGGAACGUAAAGUAUGUUCGGUGCGUCUGUGAUAAAUUCUUCAGUUAGUUGUUCGUGUGAAAUUAGAUUGAAGAAAGUGCUAGCGAUCGGUUAAUAAUGUGCAUAUCUAAAUAAUGAGUUGUUCUGAAGUUAUGUACCAGGCAUAUUAUCCGUAUUUAUAUCAAAGAGCUGGAGCAGCUCCGCCAGUGUCGGCGCAUCCUGUUCCAAGAACAGGGCCUUUUACUUCACCCUUCGGAGCUGCCCACCAAUAUGAUAGGUUCAACGUUCAACGCCUCCAAGACGCCCACUCCUUAUCCCAAGCUGCGGCGGUGGCGAGUUCGAGUAACGGUAGUGCUUCUUCACUCGGUGGUGGCGGUCUCACCGUUCCCGGUAGUCUCGAUAGUACUGCAGGACAUAGUGGAGUAUCGGGGACAGGAGGAGCGCAUCCCCUUUACCUACAGGGAUCUGCGCAUAGUUCGGGAGGAUCUGUUAGUUCGGCGGGGGGCGGUUCACCUACUAGUCCACUUAGGCCUGGGAAAGAAGAAGACUGUAGUUUACAUGGGAGGAGUAGUACCGAAGAUCCACAACCAGGUGUGGACGACGACGACUCCCAGGAAGCUGCUAGUUCCAGGGCUCAGUACGUCUCUGCGAAUUGUGUGGUUUUUACGCAUUACCAAGGCGAUGCGGCCUCCGUAGUUGAUGAACACUUUUCUAGAGCUUUAGAUAAAUCUUCAUCACAUACCAAGGAAACCUCCCCUAUGACUGCACGUAACUUCCCUCCCUCCUUUUGGAAUAGUCAGCACUUCGUCGGUGCAUCAAGUACGUCUCAUCACGCUGCAGAUCUCUAUUCAGACCAUUACCAUCCAGGGGAUGCCUGGUACCAAUACAGCCAACACCAUAGGGCGGUUCAUGAUUACCAUCAUCACAAUAUGGCAGCCCAAUAUGGAGGGCUGUUGCUUCCUGGUUCAAGACUGCAUAUGGGCUCUCACGCACCUUGCAAAGCAAUGGACUGGCAGCAUCCAUCUAUUGAAUCACCAUAUUCUUCGUAUCCGACUAUGUCAGGUCUAGAAGCUCAAGUACAAGAUUCCUCAAAGGAUCUCUACUGGUUUUAAACCAAGAAAGACUAUGUAUAGUUUCCGUUUUUUAUCAAAAGAAGAAAAGUGAGAAGUGAUUUUUAAGUGUAAUAUAGUAGAGUACAAACUGAUUUAUUUAAAUGUUAAGUUGCCUACAUGAAGAAAAAGGACUUCACUAAAUAAAACAAAUGUGCGUCCACAGAAAAAAAUGUUUUACCCGAAAUGGAUUGGUAUUAACGAGUUAAUUGAAGUAGGUAAUGCAUUUGGAAUUUUUCAGGGUACAUGAGGACUGAAAUAAUUGCCCACAUAUGUAAUUUCAGAGUUAAAAUAAUGAUUUUGCCUAUUAAAAUUUCAUCACUCAAUAAAAUCAAAUAAUUAAAAUUCCUAAGAUACUUUUUUACAGAAAAAUUCUAAUGAAAUUAUGAAAAACUGUGCAAUAAUAUAAAGAAAUAUUUUUUUUUGUGUAUGAUCCUCAGCUGUGUUGUAUUGAAAAUAUGUAAAUAUCAAAUGAUGUCACAUGUUACAUGCGAAAUAAAAUUUAAAAUUUA